AUGAAUUGCUACGACUUAUUGAACGUCAAAGUUGACGCAACCGAUGCUGAAAUCAAGAAAGCCUAUCGUAAAUUGGCUCUUACGUCGCAUCCAGACAAGAAUAUUGGUGACCCAGACGCUGAAGAGAAGUUCAAGAAGUUGAGUGAAGCCUAUCAAGUUCUCAGUAACGCAGAGAGUCGGAAGAAGUAUGACGAUAAUGGAUACAGACUCGAGGAAACUGACCAAUCAUUUGCUGAUCCUGAGAAGCUCUUUUCUGCACUUUUCGGUGGUGGGAAAUUCGUCGAUCUCGUUGGUGAGAUUUCGAUUGGUCAGGAAAUGCAAGAAGCAUUAAGAGAACAGGCGGAAUUUGAAUCUCCAGAAGAGAAAACAAGUUCAAGUCAGACAAAAAUAGCCAAAGCGCAGCUUCGGGCAAUUGAGAGGGAAAAGCGAGUUGAAAGGCUUCUAAAUAAUCUUAUUAUGAAGCUUUCGAUACAUACUGAAGCACUAGAUUCACCAGAAGUCGACGCAUCUUUCCGGGCGCUCUCUGAAAUCGAAGCUGUUACUCUUAGUAAAGAGUCUUAUGGCUUUGAAAUGCUACAGGCUCUAGGCAGCGUCUAUGUCAACAAGAGUCGAGCCUGGUUGAGUUCAAACAACAUCGACUGGAGAUCUGGUUGGGGUAUAGGUGGAUGGGUCCAAAAUGCUAAAGGUCAAUAUCAAGUGUUUAGCGAGUCUAUAUCCACGCUCAACGCUGCAAUUGAGCUGAAAAAAGCAUUUGAUGCACUCGCGAAUGCCGACAAAGACGAGGUAACACUCGAUGAACGGAAAGCAUUAGAAGAUGACGCUGCUGAUAAGGGCCUCAAAGCCAUUUUCAAAGGAACGUCCCUCGAAAUUCAGUCAGUAGUUCGUGAAGUUUGUGAUAAACUACUUUCAAAUACCGACAUCGAUACCCUCCAAAGACGUGCCAAGGCCUUAUUGAUACUAGGCGAGGCUUUCACCGGCAUAACUCGACAUAAGAAUAUAAAGACAGACGAGUAUGAAUACCUCACACCGCAGCAACAGCGGAUAAACGGAUAA